AUGGCCCGUUAUGGGAGGCCCUUUGUCUCUCAGAGACAGAGUUUAUUGAAGGACAGAGAGAACAAAGAUCCAGAACCCUGCAGAAAGUUGAUUGAAGAAAACGAGGAGAAUGAAGAACUGAAUGAAGAUGAGGAGAAUCAUCAUUUCAAAACUGGAGAAAAACCUUCUAGUCGCUCUCAAACCAAACAUAAAGAUUUAAAGAAGAGAAGAGACAAGAAAUCUUUCACCUGCACUCAGUGUGGAAAGAGUUCGACAAACAAACAGAGUCUCAAGAUUCACAUGAGAGUUCAUGCGGGAGAGAAACCCUUCAUGUGUUCACACUGCAACAAGAGAUUCAGCCGAUUAGAUACUCUGAAAACACAUGAGAGGAUUCACACUGAAGGCAAACCUUACACAUGUGAUCAGUGUGGAAAGAGUUUGACAAGCAAAUAUAGUCUUGAGAUUCACAUGAACAUCCACACUGGAGAGAAACAGUUCCCUUGUGAUCAGUGCGAUAAGAGUUUCACACAAUCAUCAAUCCUUAAGGAUCACAUGAACAUUCACACUGGAGAGAAACUUUAUGAAUGUGAUCAAUGCGGAAAAACAUUUUUGUGGGCCUCAUCACUGAAGAGUCACCUGAAAGUUCAUUCAAAGGAGAAACCACAUUCAUGUUCUUUAUGUGGAAAGAGUUUUUCACAUCUGCAGAAUUUAAAAGCACAUCAGAAGAUACACACUGGUGUGAGAGAUCAUAUGUGCUUUGAGUGUGAGAAGACUUUUCUUACAGCUGAACAUUUGAAACUGCACCAGAGCAUCCACACUGGAGAGAAACCUUACAAGUGUUCACACUGUGACAAGGGAUUCAGUAGGUCAGGAUCCCUGAAAACACAUGAGAUGAUCCACACUGGAGAGAAACCUUACACAUGUGAUCAGUGUGGGAAGAGUUUUAGACAAUCUGCAUUACUUAAGCAACACAUGAACAUCCACACUAGAGAGAAACUUCAUGAAUGUGAUCAGUGUGGAAAGAGUUUCACGUACAAACAGGGUCUCAAGAUUCACAUGAAAAUCCACAAUGGAAAGAAACUGUUCACUUGUGAUCAGUGUGAGAAGAGUUUUUCACAAUAUUCAUACCUUAGGAUGCACAUGAACAUCCACACUGCAGAGAAACUGCAUGAAUGUGAUCAGUGUGGAAAAACGUUUUUGAGGGCCUCAGACCUAAAGAGGCAUAUGACAGUUCAUACGAAAGAAAAACCACAUUCAUGUUCUUUGUGUGGAAAGAGUUUUUCAGUACCGCAGAGUUUAAAACUUCAUCAGAAGAUACACACUGGUGUGAGAGAUCAUAUGUGCUUUGAGUGUGAGAAGACUUUUAUUACAGCUGCAGAUUUGAAACUGCACCAGAGGAUCCACACUGGAGAGAAACCUUACAAGUGUUCACACUGCGACAAGAGAUUCAGUCGUUCAGGAAAUCUGAAAACACAUGAGAUGAUUCACACUGGAGGUAAACCUUACAAGUGUUCAUUCUGUGACAAGAGAUUCAGACUGUUAGCACAUCUGAAAAGACAUGAGAGGAUUCACACUGGAGAGAAACCGUAUCACUGCACUGUAUGUUGGAAGAGUUUCACUGAUUCAUCUAAUCUACUUGUGCAUAAUAAAAAGAUUCACAGUCAGUAGAUCAUCUUCAGAUCCAGCACUUUCAGGUCUGAUGACAUCCUCACCAAACGUAACGCAAUAAAGCGUCAAGGAAUCAAAACUCUUCUGUAUAAAUCUGUCCUAACAAAGAAACAUCAUCUUAAGUCCCCAUGAACAAAGUUCAUCUUCAAGACCUGCAGUUUCAACUGUAACAUGUUUGUGGGCUUCACACCUGAAGAAUCACCUGAAAGUUCAUAUGAAGGAAAAGCCACAUUCAUGUUCUUUGUGUGGAAAGUUUUUCACAACUGCAGAGUUUAAUAGUAAAUCUAUUCUUGUUCUGGAAGCUGAAAUAAGAUUUUUGAACUGACAUUCAUUUUUUGAUUGCGUUUUUUAUUGUUUUUAAAUCAAGCAGAUAUUCUUCCAUUUAUGAUGCAUUUAAAAAAUCCAUCAUAUACUGUAGCAUUGCAUGGUUCUGGGAUGGGUACCAGAACCAAGUAUAAUCUGUUUGAAAUUAAGAAAAAACAUUUUAUUUAAUAAAAUGAACAUUUAUAAAUGG